AUGUCGAAACGGUACGCUCUUCUGCCCAUGGACGAUGAGGAGGUGGGUCCUCAGAAAGUAGGAAAGGAGCGCAAGCACAGGUCACGACGCGAUCGCGACGACAAGCAUCGAUCCCGCAGACGCAGCCGCUCGCGGUCCCCUAGAAAAUCGAGCUCUUCCAAGAGCUACCGCCGACGUGAGGAUGGUGACGACCGAUGGGCCGACGAAGAGCCUCCGACGGAUGAGGAGGAGGACGAGCCGCAAGGAGGGCCCGACUUUGAGGAGUCAGCCAGCAAGCGCGUCAAGCUGAGCCACACACCAAAGGAAGAGGAGGAUCUGUCAGACGGCGCGACGGAGGAGAAGAGAGACCAAGAAGAGCGCGAUGCGUUCGCAAAGCGACUCAAGGAGAAGGACGACUCGAGAUCCAAGAAAGACAAUGGCCGUCACAAGCAGGAGACCGCGGCGCGCAGCGUCAACAUGUCCGAUCUGCGCGACCGGUCACGCAGAGAGUACUUGGGCAAGCGUGAGGCGGAACAGCUGGCGCUGCUACGGAGACAGGUCGCCGACGAGACGGAGGAGCUGCGCAGCGGCGUGAAGCUCACCGAGCGCGAGAAGGCAGAUUUUGCCAAGAACCGAGAGAGCCUACGGUUGGCCGAGGAGCGACUCCGAAUAGACGAUUACCGUGACGGAUACGCAUUGCCAGAGGACUACAUCACCGAAAAGGGCAAGCUGGAUCGACGGAAGAAGGAAGAAGCCCUGUACAAGCGAUAUGUCGACCGUGACGAGUAUGGCAAGGAGAAAUUUGUCACAGAACAUGAGGAAUGGGAGAGGGAGCAGGCGGCCAAGGCGAAAGCGCAGGUUCAGCGCUCGGAGCGGGAUAUGGACGGUUAUGAGUUGGUAAUGGAUCCGGACCAGCACAUCAAAUGGUCCCUCGACUCGAAGCUAGCCGGCGAAGGCAAGCAGCUCAGCAAGGAGCAGCUCUACCUGGCGGCACAGAUAGAAGCGGCCGAAAAAAAGGCCCUGUCGAUCCAGGACACGAGAAAGACUCUGCCCAUCUACCAAUACCGUGACGAGUUCAUCGCGGCUCUGGAGCAGUACCAGGUGCUGGUCAUUGUCGGCGAGACGGGCAGCGGCAAGACAACACAGCUGCCGCAGUACUUGCACGAGGCUGGGUACACCAAGAACGGCAUGAAGGUUGGCUGCACACAACCUCGUCGAGUGGCAGCGAUGAGUGUCGCGGCCCGUGUUGCCGAGGAGAUGGGCGUCAAAGUGGGCAACGAAGUUGGCUACUCGAUCCGUUUCGAGGAUAAUACCAGCGACAAGACGAUUCUGAAGUAUAUGACAGAUGGUAUGCUGCUCCGCGAGUUCAUGACGGAACCCGAUCUUGCGGGCUACUCGGCGCUGAUGAUCGACGAGGCGCACGAGCGGACCGUGCAUACCGACAUCUUGCUGGCCUUGAUCAAAGAUUUGUCGCGGGAAAGGCCGGACCUAAAGCUGCUGAUAUCCUCGGCCACCAUGAACGCCGAGAAAUUCGCUUCAUAUUUCGACGACGCGCCCAUCUUCAAUAUUCCUGGACGAAGGUACCCCGUCGAUAUCUACUACACUCCGGCGCCUGAAGCCAACUACCUCGCGGCUGCCAUCACAACGACAUUCCAGAUCCACACAACGCAGGACAAGGGCGACAUCCUGAUCUUCUUGACUGGACAGGAUGAGAUCGAGGCGGCGGAGCUUCAAAUCUCGGAAACAGCCAAGAAACUCGGUAGUCGCAUCAAGGAACUCGUCAUCUGCCCCAUUUACGCCAACCUGCCGUCUGAACUGCAAUCCAAAAUCUUCGAGCCCACGCCCGAGGGCGCUCGGAAGGUCGUGUUGGCGACCAACAUCGCCGAGACCUCGCUCACCAUUGAUGGCAUCGUCUACGUUAUCGAUCCCGGAUAUGUCAAAGAGAACGUCUACAGCCCGCAGACAGGCAUGUCCAACCUCGUCGUGGUUCCGUGCUCACGGGCGGCGGCAAAUCAGCGAAGUGGCCGUGCCGGUCGUGUCGGCCCCGGCAAAUGCUUCAGGCUCUACACAAAAUUCGCGUACAUGAACGAGAUGGACGAGUCAACGACGCCUGAGAUCCAGCGGACCAACCUAAAUGGCGUCGUCUUGCAGCUCAAGUCGCUUGGUAUCAAUGACCUCCUAGACUUUGACUUUAUGGACCCGCCACCGAGUGAGGCGCUCAUAGGCGCGCUGAACCAGCUUUUCAACCUGCAGGGUCUCAAUCACAAGGGUCAGCUCACCAAAAUCGGUCGCCAGAUGGCUGAGUUCCCUACCGAUCCCAUGCUGGCCAAGGCCGUCAUCGCGGCCGAUAAGGAGGGCUGCGUAGACGAGGUGCUGUCCAUUGUAUCGAUGCUCGGCGAGGCAUCUGCCUUGUUCUUUCGACCAAAGGACAAGAAGAUCCACGCCGACAGUGCGCGCAACCGGUUCACAGUCAAGGAUGGCGGUGACCACUUGACUCUUCUCAAUGUGUUCAAUCAGUGGGUGGACAGCGACUACUCCCCCGUGUGGGCGCGCGAGAACUUCCUGCAGCAACGUUCGCUCACUAGGGCGCGUGAUGUACGCGACCAGCUGGCCAAGCUCUGCGAGCGAGUCGAGGUGACCCCCUCGACAUGCGGCGCCAGCAACUUGCCCCCAAUCAAGCGUGCCAUCACAGCUGGAUUCUUCCCCAACGCAGCGCGCCUGCAAAAGUCGGGUGACAGUUACCGCACUGUCAAGACCAAGACCACUGUCUGGAUCCACCCCAGCAGCGUCCUCAUGUCCGUCGAUCCGCCAGAGAAGAUGGUCAUUUACUUUGAGCUCGUCCAGACGACCAAGGAGUACAUGCGAAGCGUCAUGCCGAUCGAACCCAAGUGGCUGUCGGAGUUGGCGCCGCAUUUCCACAAGAAGCAGGACGUGGAGGCCAUGGAGGAGAAGAAGAUGCCGAAGCAGCGGUCGUAA